GGAAGCGUCUGGAGGACAGACCGCCAGCGGCCACACAGCAGAGCCAUGACUCCGGCGCCGCGCCUCGUCGUCCUGCUGCUGGUGGCUCGGAUCGCAGCAUCUCAAACUCUCAGCAAUGCUGGCCGGGAUUUCAGAGUCGUUUUUCCAGAAAACAUCGCCUACUACUACCCUUCUGAUGCCCAAAACAAGAUCUGGGUCACCGCUCUGCAUAACGACACAUCCGUCAUGGUGUCAUCAGCCAACAGUCAACUGAACGCUGGUCAAACUAAAAGUUUUACUGUGACCCAAGAACUCGGCAGGCUAACGAUUAAUGAGACGAACGCUUCUGAUCCGUUCAAGGUUUUCAACAUCUCUGACAAAACCGUUCAUAUUACCAGCAACAAGGACAUCAUCGUCCAAGCCAUCAGCAGCAAAGGAAGAAGCACGCAGUCGGUUCUGGUAAUACCAACGACCAAACUCAGUAACAAGUACUUCAUCCCACCGGUACCUGAGAUUGAAGGAACCACUAGUGGAGCGUCUCCUGUGGCAAAUGUUACAGAGAGAGCCCCAUUCAGACUCAUCAUCGUCAACCCUAAUGAACUCAAAGCAUCUGUGACCAUUAAAGGCGGCGAGGAAAUCUCCAUAGACAUAGAGUCAGGCAGUGCUGCUCAAAUCUGGGUGAAAAAUGACAACAAGACUUGGUACGUUGAAGCAAAUAAAGGCGUGGCGGUCUUCUUCAGCCACCCCUGUGCCGUUCAGCACCAAUGCACCUGCGGCCUACUGCAUGCCAUGGUGCCUCCGGCCAAGAACAACACCAUGAGGUUCCCCAUUCCUCCGGUUCUGGACCAGCCAGUGUCCAUUCUGCGGUCCGAUAAAGAAACCAGAGAACGGAUUACUUUCGGUUCUUCCUCGGCGGUCGUUGAAUCGGCAGGCACGGCCAUCGUCUACUGGCCCGGCCUACUCCUCACACUGGUCCCAGUAGAAGAGUUCGGCAGCUGUUUUGUGGUCCAAUUCAUCGAGGGCAAGGAAAACGUUCUCAUCAUCGUGGUCAACAAGAAUCACCAGCAGGGAAUUCACAUCGGGAACGAUCCUCUGGAGGGAGCAGAAUGGCAGGAGCUGAAGGGAACCGAAUACUCCUCAACCAAUCGCAGCAUUUCAUCCACAACUGUGGUCUGGCACGCUGCCGCCAACAUGACCGUCUACCAGAUCUACAAGCAGAACGACACCUGGUUUGGGAACCCAGCAGCUGUUAUCAGUGCAAACCCAGAUUUCAGGGGCUGCGUUUCGACUCCAGAGGUGACGAAGAUCCUCCAAGAAGCAGAGAGCUGGCAGGAAUCGAUCCGAUCCUGUAAGAACCAAACCCUGGAUCUCAUCAGCCUCCCCAGCGAAGCUCUCCAAAAACAAACCUGCCAAAAUCUGCGUGGAAACGACGCCAAGCAAGUGUGGAUCGGCACGCGUCGCAGCUCGCUGACCGGAGACUGGUACUGGCUGGACGAAAGCGACUUCAACGACACCAACUGGGCCGGCAGCGAACCCGGGGACGUCAGCGAAGGCCAGUGCGCCGUCAUGAGUCUGGAGGGUGACGGCGACUGCGGCUGGAAGGACCGCAACUGCUGCGAGGACGCCCGACCUCUCUGCUACGCCGCUCCACAAAUCCUGCAGAUAAACUGAAUCAGAGGCUUCCUGCUCCCGGUUCUGGUUAGGUCAGAACCGAGCCGCUGAUACCAUCAUUAAAGGCAUCAGAAAACUCUGGCAUAGAUAGUUAAACCGGUUUAUUUGGGUCUACAGAGGCAGGCAGAACACAGACGAGCCGUUAUUGUAUGGAGGGCUGAGCGUGACGUAAAAUAUAAAUAUAUGAACAGCUAUGAUACACAAUAAACUACAUCAAGCAAGCCUUAGCUCACAAGCUACAUAUGUAGCUAGUAAGCUACAUAUUUAGCUCCAAACGUAGCAUUUUGCAAGCUAAAUAUUUAGAUUGGAAGCUACAUAAUUAGCCAGCAAGCUAAAUAGUUUGCUUCACACUAAAUAUGUAGGUUCAAGCUACAUAUGUAACUAGCAAGAUUUAGCUUUCAAGUUGCAUACUUAGCUUGGAAGCUAAAUACUUAGUUUUGCAAAACUAUUUAGCUUGGAAGCUGCAUAGUUAGCUUUCAAGCUAAAUAUUUAGCUCCAAGGUAAAUAAGUAAUAUCAGCACAUGCUGAUAAUGAAACAUAACGAAAAUACAGAGAUGGACCAGAACCAGAUUUUAUUUUUAGAAUCAUGAUGUCAAAACUAACUCAAAGUUCUGAGUUAAAUAUUUAAUUAGCAUGCUAAAUAUUUAGCUUGUUAAAUGAAUUAUUAGCUCCAUACUUCGACUGUGCUGUAUGUAAAUUAUGUCGAUAUUUUCCCAUAACGUUUGUCAUUCCUAUUAAAAGAUCUAUGGAAGACCAGAUUUUAGAUUAAAUUUAAAGUUCAAAUUAUUUUAACGGGUGUAAAGGAAGUGACAUCAGACACUGAUCUGGAAACUGGUCAAUUAAAAUUAAGAUGAAAAUCUGAUCAACAGUUUUCUGAUUUUGUUUCAACUUUUUUCGCUCGAGUCAGAUUUAAUAUUU